AUGAAUGCCAGCACCACCCCCGCGUGCUGCUCGUCGAGGUACGGUCUGUCCCUGCUCUCCUGUUAUGGUUUCUUUGUGGCUUACGCCCUUAGGGUCAACCUCAGUGUUGCCAUGGUUGACAUGCGUAACACAGAUGCCAGCGGCAACACCAGCACAUCAGUGUGUCCUGCACACCCCAGCCCUGCUCGCCCCAAGCACAACCACACUGCCAGUGUGUACGACUGGGACUCUGAGACCCAGGGCUGGAUCCUGGGCUCCUUCUUCUACGGCUACAUCCUGACUCAGAUCCCAGGGGGCUACCUGGCAAGCAAGUAUGGGGCCAAAUGGCUGCUGGGCCUAGGAAUCCUGGGAACUGUAAUCUUUACCCUCCUCACCCCCAUGGCUGCCGAAUUGGAUUACUUCUCAGUGUGUCCUGAGUCUGUGCCCAGUCGUAACCCAGGGAUAUUUUUGUUUGUCAACAGGGAGUGACGUUUCUCCCCAUGCACGCCAUGUGGGCAUCUUGGGCCCCACCAAUGGAGAGGAGCCGAUUGCUCACCAUUGCUUACACUGGUAUUGCACACCUAACCCACCCUGCACACACAUUUCUUAUUCUGGGGACUCACUCAUGUUUGCAUGUGUAGUAU